UGCCGGGGUGGGAAGAGGAUAUUAUCACGUGUCUUCCGGCCACCCAUGAAACACUACAAUUAAAAAAUAUUUAUCUUGUGACAAAUUGUGCAAUUAUUGUGGUGGCAAUUAGUGUGAGCGACGUUGUGAGGAUAAUCCAGCCUGUGAAAGAUUGAAAAAGUUAAUUGGAAACGAGUUAAGAGAGGAAGAUCGUUCAAGUUUAAAUGCCAUAGAGAAGUUGGAUGGUUUGCAGUGUUGCCAGCAACCAGCGGACCCCCGUUUACUAACUACCAUAGAGGGAUGUGUGGUAACAAUGUGCUAACAACCAUUAUGAUGUGGCAGUAUUUAUCAUGUGGUGCCGGAAACUUUACAGUGUGAUGAGAGAGAAACAUUGGUGAGGAAGACAGUGAGUGGAUGGAGACUAUGAGGGUGGUUGAGGCAGCCUUGAAGAAUACCCGUUCAACCCCCACACACCUCAACUUACAAGUGUCUUUUAAACUGCCAAACACUCACCCACGUGUCUCAUACGCCACCUGCUCUCGUCCCUCAACACUUGGAAUGGAUUCAGUGAACGUGUGUACAGUGAUCUGGUAACGUGGGUGGCAGGACCGUUGGGACCAUGUGUAGACCCAUAACUUGUGAUUGACACUCCAGGCUUCACCUACCACUUGAGGAACUUUUCAGAAACCUCAUUUCCAUAUAAGUCUCCGGUGAACUAUGUAACAUAACACCGCUGGUCACAGUUCCGUCGUAAUUGUGAUUUUCAUGUUAAGAGAGUUAGUUGCCUAAGAUAUGUUUAUUAGCUCUGGUUUUGUAACAAAAUCAGGCCAAAUGAAAACCGUUCAUUGAUGAUAACAAGUGAAAGUGGAGUUUGAUUUAAGACGAACAUUUUAUGUUAUUCCAUCACGAGUCACAGACGACCACAAGAACACUGGACAACUCCUUCUGCCAUUCAGAACUGGUAUUAUUAUCUUGGGAUUUAUCUUGUGUGUGACUAAGAGGCAGCAUCAGCCCCCAGUAGACAUGAAGACCGUGGGCGCGGGCGUGGUUGUUCUCGACGCCCAUAAAGGUUACUUAGAACUUACCCAAGAGGCCCUCGACAAGCUCAUAAGCCGGGAGCCCAUCUCUGACCACUAUGACGUGGAACAAACUCCCUUUGCCAGGGGCAAAUUCGCAGCUGUGCGCCGUGCCAGGUGCCUACGCUCCGGUACGUGGUUCGCUGCCAAGGUAAUGAGGAAGCGUCGCCGAGCCCAGGACGUUCGCCAUGAGAUCCUGCACGAGGCAGCUGUCCUCCUGCUAGCCAGACCCUCCACCAGGAUCGUCUCCCUCCACCAGCUGUACGAGACCACCUCAGAGAUAAUCCUUGUCCUGGAACUAGCUGAAGGUGGGGAGCUACAGAGAGUCAUAGAUGAAGAAGAAAGUCUAGAGGAGGGCGUUGUGCGUCGGUAUAUGAUCAACAUCCUUGGUGCUCUUCGUUUUCUGCAUGCCCACAAUAUUGCUCAUCUUGACCUUAAGCCACAAAACCUCCUGCUUAUGGGAAAACAUCCAGAAAGUGACGUCAAACUUUGUGAUUUUGGUAUCUCCCGAAUCAUUCUGUCUGACAUAGAAGUGCGUGAAGUUCUUGGCACUCCUGAUUAUGUUGCGCCAGAGAUCUUGCAGUAUGAACCCAUCAGUUUGGCUACAGAUAUGUGGUCUGUGGGUGUCUUGACAUAUGUAUUGCUCACCGGACACUCACCUUUUGGUGGUGACACCAAGCAAGAGACUUUCCUCAAUAUAUCUCAAGGCCAGGUUGACUUCCCGAAGGACCUCUUCUGCGACGUCUCCGAGCAAGCAAUAGACUUCAUCACACGGCUUCUGCUUGUUAAUCCCAGUUGUCGCCUCACAGUAGAUGAAGCAUUGCAACAUCAGUGGUUAAAUGGGCUGUAUUCUUCCCAUCCACUCACCAGUCCUUCUUCCUCCACCACACAUCAGUCCAGCAGAGAGAUACGUAUUCACACUCCCAAUUCAACUGCUGUAACAUCCCAACGCCAAACCAAGGAAUUGGACACGCAAAAUACGAGUCCCAAAGGAAUUGCACCUUUCCAUUGCAGUAGUCCCAGUAAAGAAAAUAUUUCACAUUCUGUCAUGAUGUCUGCCACUAUAUCUGCAGUUACACCCAGCUGUAGCAAAGAUGCAUCAGCACAAUCAAAUAACUCUACCGUUUCCUCCAUGCGCCUUAUUAGAGAACCUGAAUUAUAUGCCCCUAGUACUUCUUCCAUGCACUUGACCAAAGUUGAUCUUGGAUGUGUUGGAAGCUCCUCACAUAUCAGCAGAGAAGGUAUCGUACCAUGGAGAAAAUCUGAAUUCUUAAAUAAAGAGAAUAAUAAGAACACGUUAAAUAAAACAGAGGAGCUUGUUGUAUCAGGACACAGUAAAGAGGUGGUCACCCUUGACUCCCCAAGCAAGUCUAGAAGCAGACUAGUUCACACAGAAAAGGGAAAAUUGAUCAGAGAAUCAGAUUUAGCCAAGAAGUUGGCCAGCAAUAAGGAAGGCAAGGAAAAUAAGGAAAAUGGAAAAGAAAUCAAAGACUGCAGUAAAGAAAAAUUGAAACCCUCAGCACUCUGUCUUAGACGGCAAGGUUCAAAAUGCGAUUUAAAAUCACCGACAGAGCAGCAGAAAUAUGGGUCAGUGCAAGGGUCUGUAAGUAUAAUAUUAGAAAAAAGUAUCAUUUGUUAACCCAGUGAGAUGGUUUGUAGUCAUUCAGGAAUUUUAUCCUCUUAAAUUUAAAAACUCCAUGGAGUACUAACUGCUCAGCAAUAAGUGAUGCCAGUCUUCUUGACUGGAUGAAGCACUCCAUAUGUUAAUCAAUCUCACAAUCAAAUGGUGCUAUUGUAACAAAAUUGCUCCUGAUAUUAAAUAACUAGCCACAACAGUUAACAGAGAUUAAUACAUCAUAUAUUUUGGCUGUUAAGUUUGCAUCUGCAGGGCUUUUUGUAUGCAUUACUUGUGUAAAGUUUGUGGUAUAACUUCUAAUAAACUCAGUGAUAUUCACCAAGUAUUAUAGAGAGGAAAUAUACAGUAUUAGCACAAAAAUUUCUUCAGACGACAGAUGCAGGUGGUCGCCAGUUUCUUAUUAAAAAUAUGUAAUAUAGUUUUCAUGAUAUUUAUUUAAAAUCAUGUCUUUUGUCGAAUUGAUUAGGUUAAAAUGUAACUUAUAUAAAAAGUUAGGUAAAUGUAUAUUUUUAUCAUUGAAACAGUUUUUAGCUGUUUUCUGAGGUACUGUAUUAUGAAAUCCCUUUAUUUUAAGGUUUUAAUGACCCUUGUGCAUUACAUCACACACACAUACAUUCUUGAGGGAACAGAAGCAUUAGUGUUGUUAAAGUGUGAAUAACAGUAAAACCCCUAUAAUUCUGACUCCUCAAAUUCAAAGUCAAUCAUAAUUUGUAGUGUUUUGCUGUUACGAAAUACUGUAUACAGUAUAUUAAAAAAAAUUAAUAUUUGGUAAAAUUUCAAAAUAUUAUGAUAUCUAUAUUACAAUUUUCGUAAUACUUGGUAAAAUUUAGGAUUAUGAGAGACAUUUAUGAAUAAAUAUGAUGCACGUGUCAAUAUGGGAUACAACCGUUCACCUCAGUGUAAAUAAGUACUACAGUAUAUGUAUCAUACAUGUUGGUCACUCGGUCAGUUCCUGUUGGUCACUUGUGGAGUGCACAUCAUUGCCCAGUGUUUGAGCCACUAUGUCUGAUAACUCUGGACCAAGUACCUAAAUUUGGUACAGCACUGUGCUUAGAGGCGCUUAAAUUUUGAUUGUGGCAGAUAAUGGAAAGGUAUUGUUUUUUGUCUUAUUUUUGUGUGUAUUUUCUCUCAGGUGCCCCUCAUAUUUUGUAAAAUCUCAUAGCUCUUAAGGGCUAGUGCCCCUAGUAUUUCGAACUAUGGGGGUUUUACUGUAAGUUUAAAAUUUACAGUGGUGUUAUAAACAAGAUUUCCAUUUGUUUAGCAAGUUCUAUACUUUAAAGGAAACUUCCUUAUUGGAAUAUAAAGAUUUAAUUCAGUGUCUCCCAAAAUAAAACAAAUAUAAUGAUUUCAGGACAAAUGAUUAUGUACAGUAGUACUCCGAUUUACGCGGUCAAUUGAACCCACAGGGUACCGCGUCAAGUGAAAUCCGCGUAAAUGGAACAACAGAACAUAUGGGAUUAAUUCCAACAGAGACUG